AUGAAGUUCAGCUUGCUCAAGACAGUUCUUUUCAGCCUUGCAGCCAGCUCGUACGGCUGGGAACAUAAAGGCCACGAGUUCCGUCCACCGCUGCCAGGCGACAGUCGAUCUCCAUGCCCUGGUCUCAAUGCCUUGGCCAACCACGGCUGGCUUCAUCGCUCAGGGAAAGAAAUCGACCUCCCCGCAUUCCAAUCCGCUAUUGCUGGCGCCUAUAACUACGAACCCACAGCCAUGGACGGGAUUUUCCAGCUAGCGCUGAACUUCAACCUCUCGACCACGGGGAACCAAUCGACCUUCAACCUCUUUGAUUUGGCAAGGCAUGACGAGAUCGAGUUCGACGGGUCGCUGUCACGCAAUGACAUCUACUUUGGCGACAAUGUGCACUUCGAUCAUAACAUCUGGGCGACUGUCGCUAAGAACCUCAAUCUUUAUGACACUCUAGGCUCUGAGAUGAACCAAUAUGUCACCGUCGAGACAGCAGGUAAGGCUUGUGCGGCUCGCGCGGCCGAUGCCAAGAGGGUCAAUCCCAGCUUCAAUGCUUCCGCCAUGCAAAUGAUGGGCAACCCUGGGACAACGGGUCUUUAUUUGGUGACCUUGUGGGAUGAGGAUGCAGGUGCCGCACCAAAGUCUUGGGUUAAGGCUCUAUUUGAAGAAGAUCGUAUCCCUUACCUUGAGGGAUAUAAGGUGCCUAAAGUCCCGAGGACCUUAGAGGAUGUCAAUGAAAUGACAAAGAGAGUGUCGGCAGUAAAGGUUUAG